CAGUAAGAUAUUCGUGUCUUUCGGUGUUGUUUACAUUCGAGCGUCAUAUAUCCCACCAUUUAGUACAAGUUUUUGCGCCCAGUGCCUUGAUCGUCAUGCUGUCUUGGUUCUCAUUCUGGAUUGGAAUAGACGCUAUUCCCGGCAGGGUGACUUUGGUGGUGACUAGUCUGCUCUCUCUGUUUACCCAGUUUUCUGGAAUCCGAGGAGGUCUCCCCCCAGCUUCUUAUAUCAAUGGUGUCGACAUCUGGAUGGCAACCUGCAUGUUAUUUGUUUUUGCUUCGUUCGCCGAGUUCGUUUUGGUAAAGUUUUUCGACAAACAGCGUCAGGUUUUCUUCAGACAACAGAUGAAGAAAACGCUCAUAGGCGACUCCAGAAAGCAUUUAACCGGCUUGUCUGUUUCUGAUAUGGAAAAGGGAUAUGACCAUAACAAGCCUCCGAUUCGCCCACGGACAGCUUGGACUAUCCCAAUGAACGUGCAAGACAACUUUCCACACAACUGGUUCAAACAUCCCUCGUGGUCGAUGGACUGGGUGGUCACUAUUGACCACGCAGCUCGUGUUCUUUUUCCUGUAGCGUUUCUUAUCUUCAAUACUAUCUAUUGGCCUAUUUUGCUCACCAGAAAAUACUAACGAGCACACAAAGAAGUAAAUCUAUUCUCCAGGA